UGGUGCCAUGAAUGCUUUGAUGCGUGUAUCAGCAGUCAUAUCAAAUGCUCCUUACAUGCUCAAUGUGGAUUGUGAUCACUAUAUAAAUAACAGUAAGGCACUGAGAGAAGCUAUGUGCUUUAUGAUGGACCCCACUUCAGGAAAGAAAAUAUGCUACGUACAAUUUCCUCAAAGAUUUGAUGGUAUUGACAGGCAUGACAGAUACUCCAACCGCAAUGUGGUCUUCUUUGAUAUCAAUAUGAAAGGACUUGAUGGGAUCCAGGGUCCAAUCUAUGUGGGCACUGGAUGUGUCUUCAGGAGGCAAGCCCUUUAUGGUUAUGAUGCUCCAAAGAAGACAAAACCUCCAGGAAAAACAUGCAACUGCUGGCCGAAAUGGUGUUGCUGUUGUUUCGGUUCUCGAAAGAAGCAUAAGAAAGCGAAAACAACCAAGGAUAACAAAAAAAAGCCAAAGAGCAAGGAGGCUUCACCACAAAUUCAUGCCCUUGAAAAUAUUGAGGAAGGAAUUGAAGGAAUUGAUAGUGAAAAAGCAGCCCUCAUGCCUCAGAUAAAACUUGAGAAGAAAUUUGGCCAAUCACCGGUAUUUGUUGCUUCAACACUUCUAGAAGAUGGUGGCAUUCCUCCAGGAGCAACAUCAGCAUCUCUCUUGAAAGAAGCAAUACAUGUUAUUAGUUGUGGUUAUGAAGACAAAACAGAAUGGGGCAAAGAGAUUGGAUGGAUUUAUGGAUCUGUUACAGAGGAUAUCCUUACUGGAUUUAAGAUGCACUGCCAUGGUUGGAGAUCCGUCUACUGCAUGCCCAAUAGGCCUGCAUUUAAAGGGUCAGCUCCUAUCAAUCUUUCAGAUCGUCUUCACCAGGUUCUGCGAUGGGCUUUGGGAUCUGUUGAAAUUUUCUUCAGUAGACAUUGUCCAAUUUGGUAUGGAUAUGGGUGUGGUCUGAAGCCUCUGGAGCGGUUUUCGUACAUAAACUCAGUGGUCUACCCAUUGACUUCUAUUCCUUUGAUCAUAUAUUGUACAUUGCCGGCCGUCUGUUUGCUUACAGGGAAAUUUAUUGUUCCAGAGAUUAGCAACUAUGCUAGCAUUCUUUUCAUGGGACUUUUCAUAAUGAUUGCUGUGACGAGUGUUAUUGAGAUGCAAUGGGGAGGUGUUUCUAUUGAUGACUGGUGGAGAAACGAGCAGUUUUGGGUGAUUGGUGGUGCCUCAUCUCACCUAUUUGCUCUUGUCCAAGGUCUUCUUAAAGUUUUGGCUGGUGUCAACACUAGCUUCACUGUUACUUCCAAAGCAGCAGACGAUGGGGAGUUUUCUGAGCUUUAUCUGUUCAAGUGGACAUCUUUGUUGAUUCCUCCUAUGACUUUGUUAAUUCUUAACAUCAUUGGAGUUGUAGUCGGUAUCUCAGAUGCAAUCAACAAUGGUUAUGAUUCUUGGGGUCCUCUAUUCGGUAGACUUUUCUUCGCUUUAUGGGUCAUUGUUCAUCUGUAUCCCUUCCUGAAGGGUUGCAUGGGUAGACAAAACAACGUUCCAACCAUCAUUAUUGUCUGGUCCAUCCUUCUCGCAUCUAUCUGCUCCUUAUUGUGGGUCCGACUCAACCCAUUCACCGCCAAAGGUGGACUCAGUUUAGAGGUAUGUGGCUUGGACUGUGAUUAAGUAAGCAGCAUUGUAGAACAUGUUGUAUGAUAUCAAAAUAGAGCUCAAACUCAGGGAGAAGGAACAAGGGGUAUGUUUUUUUAUCUCCCGACAAUUUGGUCAUCGACGAAAAGUUUUGAGUUGGACAAGCAGAGAAUGAGCUCUGUUGAUUGUUGUAUAAAGGGCAGAAUAGCAGAUACAUUGAUAUUUGUUUUGCAAAGUUUUUUCUUGAUUCUUUUGAUAGAUUUUGGGAUUUGUUGCUUGGAGUGCAGUGGAGUUCCCAUUAUUUGUAAUAUCAACCAAACAUAAAAAUUGUUGUGUUAAGCCACAACACCCCCUCCCCUUAUUAAUAAGGGACUUCACACAGAAAAAUGUUGUCAAAAAUUUCAUCAGUAAUUAUGAACUAUAUUACACUGUUGUAAUUUCAAGAAAGUGAAACUCCAAGACUUU